ACGUGGCUCUGGCUGGCAUCGCACUCCCAUUGGGCGCACGACGGUGUCACAAGCGAAUCGGGGGGCGCGAGACUCGGGGGUGCGCGGACGAGGCCGGAGCGGCGGUUGUGAGCGGCGGCUUCGGGGAGAGCCGGGUCCUCGAUUGGCGGCGAAAGGCAGGCCUCUCCCUCGGCCUCUGCCUCGCACACAGGCCGCAGCGUCCUGCACGGAUUUCCGGAAUUGGUGACGGACCCGCGGCACCGCGGGACCGUGGGGGAAGAGACCUGGAGAGGAGAGGAGGGACGUGACGGCACGAUGGAGACGGAGACCGACAGCGAAGUGGUGAUCGAGCACCAGUACAUGUGCUCGGAGUGCGGACAGCUGUACAACACGCUGGAGGAGGUGCUGUUACACCAGCAGAGCCACGGCUGGCUGCACGUGCUGGUGUGCCCCGAGCUGGCCGACGGGGAGGUGAAGGGGCUGGGCCUGGCGCCCGCCGGCAACGAGGCCGAGAGCCGCUUCCAGUGCCUGGAGUGUGGGCAGCUGCUGAACAGCCCUGACGAGCUGCUGCAGCACCAGGGGGCACACGCCAAGGAGGCCGUGGUCUGCAGCAGGCUGGACGAAGGCAGCGCAGAGAGCCAGGGCACCCUGGCGGAGAGUGCCCACCAUUACGAGUGCUCGGAGUGUCUGCAGAUAUUCCUGAGCUCGGAGGAGGCACUGGCUCACCAGCGGACCCACAGUGAGGAGCCGGCACCUUGCGACGGGGAGGAUGCGGAGACGGGGGCCCCGGCGGGCGGCGAGGAGGGGGAGCAGGAUCAGCAGCAGUGCCCGGAGUGCAGCCAGGUCCUGAGCAGCGUGCAGGAGCUGCUGCAACACCAGGCCCUGCACGCCAAGGCCCCUCCCCGCCGGGAGCCCCCGCCAGCCCCCCUGGAGUGCACCGAGUGCGGCAAGGCCUUCACCACGGCCCGGCGGCUGCUGCAGCACGAGCGCAGCCACCUGGGCCAGCCCCACCCCUGCCAAGAGUGCGGCCGCUCCUUCCGCAAGGCCUCCUCGCUGGAGCAGCACCAGCGCGCCCACCGGGGUGAGGUGCUCUACCUCUGCACCGACUGCGGCCGCGGCUUCGGCACCGAGACGGCGCUGGUGCAGCACCGGCGGCUGCACACCGAGGAUCCUCUGCACCGCUGCGCCCAGUGUGGCAAGGCCUUCCACAACAUGACCAAGUACCUGUACCACCGGCGAACCCACUCCGCCGUCAGCGGCAUCUCCGCCACCGACAAGGCCACGACGCCGGCCAGGAAGGAGGGGCCGGCGGAGGCGACGGAGGCGGCGGCGGCGGCGGAGCCGGCUGGGGGCGAGGGCCCGCACCGCUGUGCGCUCUGCGGCGAGGAGUUUGCCGAGCCCGUGCAGCUGUUGCGUCACCGGCGCCAGGCGCACGCUGGCCAGCGCCGGCACGCCUGCCCGGUCUGUGGCAAAGCCUUCCGCAAGCCGGUGCACGUUCGCAACCACCUGCGCACCCACACCGGCGAGCGGCCCUUCCAGUGCGCCGAGUGCGGCAAGACCUUCACCACCCUGGCCAACCUGGCCCGGCACCACCAGACCCACACCGGCGAGCGGCCCCACCGCUGCGACCUGUGUCCCCGCGCCUUCGCCCAAUCCUCCAACCUGCGGCAGCACCGCCGUCUGCACACCGGCGAGCUGCCCCACCGCUGCCCGGACUGCCCGCGGGCCUUUGGCCGCGCCUCCAAGCUCCGGCAGCACCAGCUGCGUCACGGCGCUCAGCCUACGCUCCACUGCGCCGAGUGCGGCCGCGGCUUUGCCCAUCGCCGGCGCCUGGAGCUACACCGGCUGCUGCACGCCGGCCAGGAGCCCCACCGCUGCCCGGACUGCGGCCGCCAAUUCACCGAACCCUCCAGUCUGGAGGGGCACCACUGUGCCGCCGCCGACAGCGGCAACGCUGGCGCUCUCGAGUGCGAGAGCUGCGGCCGCCUCUGUCGCUCACCGGCCGCCCUGCAGCUCCAUCAGCGGGUGCACACAGGCGAACGCCCCUUCCGCUGCAACCAGUGUGGCAAGGCCUUCGCCGGCAGCGGUGGCCUGCGGCUCCACGAGCGGCGGCACACCGGCGAGCGGCCUCACCCCUGUCCCGACUGCGGCAAGCGUUUCAGCUCUGCCUCGGCCCUGCUGCUGCACCGGCGGGUGCACACCGGCGAGCGCCCCUUCCGCUGCGCCGACUGCGGCAAGGCCUUCAAGCAGUCCAACCACCUGCGGGAGCACCGGCGCACCCACACCGGCGAGCGGCCCUACCGCUGCGAGACCUGCGGCAAGGCCUUCGUCCAGUCCAUGCACCUGCUCGACCACCGGCGAGUACACACCGGAGAGCGGCCCCACCGCUGCCGGCACUGCGGCAAGGCCUUCAAGACCCCGUCCAACCUGCGCAGCCACUGGCGCACCCACACCGCGCAGCCGGCCAUCUGUGCUGAGCUCGGCGACACCUUCACUGUCAUCAGGCCUGCCGACUCCAUCCCCACCACCAUCGUGGGCACCAUCGAAAUCUACUAACCUCAACCUCGGGGUCAGAGUGUGGAUUCCCUACAGUCUGUGUGUGUGUCUCUGUCCCCCCCCUCUCUCUCUCCCUCCCUUUCCGUGUGUCUGUCUCUCUGUCUCUCUGUGUCUCGCUCGUGAUUGUAUGUGCACACCUGUCACUUGGC